AUGCAUCUGAAGGCUUUUUCCACGGUUGCGUUGGCUGUUGUCGGUGCUGCUAAGAACGUUCGAGAUGUUGAGCCAUGCGCGCAGGUCAGCCAGUUGGUAACCAAUGCCAACCAAUACAAAAUCGCAGCCAACGCCCGUGUGCCUCAUGAUCUAGCUCAUCAGUGUUUACUGUCUAUGCCCUUUGACUCGAAUCGCGCCCUUAAUUUCUUGAAUCAGGUCCGCAAGAUCCUCGAGUUUCAGUCGACCAUUGAUAUUUUAAAAAAUCCCCCGUCCGGGUAUACCAUGCCCUCUACGGAUAUCUUAGGCGGAAUUGACACAAUUCUGGCCAAGGCAAAGAGCAAUGGCUUUUCUAGCCAAUUCGACAUGGACUUCGAGGUUAAUAACCUCAUAAAGUCUGCUCAUGAUGGACAUCUAGCAUUCCAGCUAUGCUCACAAUCCAUCUUUACCUAUGGAAUAGAUCUACCCCUGGUAUCGAUUUCAACAGAUGGUCUUGCUCUCCCGCAAGUGUACACCUUAAAUGAUGCCAAGCUGCAAAAGAGCAAUUCCAAGGCUGUGUCACCUCUGGAAUCUAUCAAUGGCACUGAUGUAGCCAAGUUCCUAGAAUCAUAUGCCAGCGGUCAGAGUCUCCAAGAUCGCGAUGCACACCAAAGAUACAAUCGUGUGUUCCCCGGACUGGCCCGCAGCGUCACCAACACUCCCACCGACGCCAACGGAAUCUGGGCCUCCAUCGGCGACUGGACUGACGGUGCGGAACUGUCCCUAAAGUUCGCCAAUGGCACUGAACAAACAGUACAAAAGAUGGCCACACCAAGCGAGCGGUUCUUCGCCUAUGAUAAUGGAACCCAUCUCUGGAACACCGAGUGCGUGCCUCGCGAUCUGUCCACGCCUUUGAGUUCCUCCUCUGUUGCAGAGAAAGCAUCAGAAGUCCCAGGACUCCCCAGUACAGACUGGCGCACCUCGGCCAAUUCCAUUGCAGGAUAUUUCUCCAACCUCACAGAUCUGCAGGACACAGCAGUCAUCUUCCUACCCACAUUCUCAUCGAGUGCAUCAGAAGUUGCAAAAGUUGCCACCGAUUUCCUGCAAAAUGCCACAGCUGCCGGAAAGAAAAAUGUGCUGAUUGACGUCUCCGCCAAUCCAGGCGGAUACAUGUCCAUCGGCAUCGACUUCUCUCGUAUCUUUUUCCCCGAAGCUACUCCCUACACGGCCACGCGCUUCCGGGCACAUGAUACCGCGAAGUAUCUCACCAAGACGUACUCGAGGGACACAUCUACUGAUUCGAGUAACGUCUUUGCCUAUAGGCAGAUGGUCCAGCCGGAUCAGGAGACGGAUUUCAGUUCUUGGGAGGAUCUUUAUGGGCCGCAUGAUAUUCUUGGGAGUUCGGCUUCUAGUCUGCUUGCUAACUUUAAUUACACUUCUACCUCUUCGAAUGUCUUUCCUAUCAAUGGGUAUGGGUCUGUUCCGUUGAAGCCUAGCAAGUCUCUGUUCCCAGCGGAGAAUAUUGCUAUCAUCACUGAUGGCGACUGCGUCUCAACCUGUGCGUUCUUCGUUAAAUUAAUGAAGCGUCAAGGUGUGCGAACAAUCACAUUUGGCGGCCGUCCCCAAAAGGCACCUAUGCAAGGCGUCGGUGGCGUGAAGGGCGGCCAAUCUCUCGGGGUCAACUAUAUCAAUGGCUACAUCCAGCAAGCGAACAAGUUGAUCCGUGACUCGAUGAAUAGUUCAGUGCCGCUAUUGACUUCGUCCGAGUGGAAGGCUUUCAAUGCGUCUAGUCCCAGUACUAAGGUUACGCUUUCCUGGAGUGGGAAUUUGAAUUUGCGGAAUGAGUAUGACCCCGAGGAUGGGGAGACGCCGUUGCAAUUUGUUUAUGAGGCUGCUGAGUGUCGGCUCUUUUAUACUUUGGAGAAUUAUUUGGAGAGGGAGUCUGUUUGGCAGGCUGCUGCUAAGGCUAUGUUUGGGGAUGGAGGUUGUGUCGAUGGUUCGACUAAAGGUAAGGGCAGUUUGGAUGCUUGA